AUGAAGUAGUUUUAUAAUAGUAUAUUAGAAAAAUUAAAUAGAUAUUAAGAAGCGACGACAUGAAAUCAGAAAUGUAAAAAUUAAUAGUAUUUAGUCUUUAUAAUGGUAUGAUCUUUAUUAGGAGAUUUUGUCGACUUUGUCUCUAAUUUUGUGUUAUUGGAUUGGUCGUUGGAUUUUUCUUAUGGGGAUAUUUUACCACUGUCAAAGAUUAUUACUGGAAUGCUAAUGAAAUCGUAGAUAACAUCAUGAUUCAUACAGGAAAUUGUUUUUUAAACAUAAGUGACUCUGAAGAUUAUCUAUAAGUAUUUUUAAUCAUAUAAUUAAAUUCAAAGUGUAUGGAAAAGGAAGAUUAGAAUAAUAGAUUUACCCUUCAAAAGAAUUUUUAAUUAAAGGGGAAAUUAUUGAUAAAGGAAUAGCAAAUAUAGGACUAAAAAAUGUUUGUAGUGAUGUAUUCAAUGAAAUUAAUAUUAAGUAAAUACUGCAUGGUUGAUUUAAUGUUACCAAAAAAUAUGACUAACAUAAGUAUUUUAUGUUCUAUUGAUUCAGAGUGCAUCAUUGUAUUUGCUUAAUAGGAAUUAUAUGUUUAGAACACUUUUAAUGUAACAUGUGAAAAAAGCGCAAGAAUGUAAAUGAAUAUAAGAAAUAUUCAAACAAAUAAAUUCUCAUUUAUAUCAGAUUCUCCAAGAACUCUAUUUUUGAAUCAUAUUUUAACUAAAGAGGGUUAUAUAGCUAUGGCUUAUGGAGAAUUAGUGAUUUAAUCAACGAAAUCCUUUUAAUUGGUUUAUACUUCUUAAUCACAAGCUGUUUGUGCAAGAGAAUUUUAAUUGACUGAUUAGAUUUAAGAGGAUUGUUUUAUUUCAGCAUCAUAGAAUGCAACAGUCAUUGAUAAAAUAUGUAAGGGUCAAAUUUCUAUUUGUGAAAAGAGUUCUUGUGAUGUCCAAUAACAAAUUUAAGUUAUUGGCAACAAGCUACUCUAUAUGCCAAUAUAUUGUAAGAUAUUGGAAAGCCAUUAAUAAUAGAAAGUGAUGAAGUUUAAAUAUUUUCUACAUAAGUAUUUAAAUAAUAAAUUGACUUUGAUUAAGAUCACUUAUAAAGAUUUAAUCCUUUAUGAAUACUAGUGGAUCUGCUGAUGUGGCUGUGACAAUAGAUGUAGUUGGAAGUUGUUUAUUAUAGUAUUCAUACACUACUUAUUGGUCAUUUUUCAGCAACCCUUCUUAUGCAAGAUUUUAACCUUGGUGGUUAUCAACUUUUUCAGCUGGAUAUUUGAAUCCAACUUUUUAAUAACUAACUGUUUCUAUUAAACCAGGUAUUUGCCCAUAGAAUCCAAUUUUAAACUCCAAAUAAAAGAUGGAGAUAAGAAACUUCAUAAAAUAAUCAUUUAAUACAACUUAUGGAGAAGCUAUUUACAUUGAUGUUGACAAUUCUUUAAGAAUAGAUGAAAAAUUAAAAGAAAAUGAAAAUUAUUUUGGUUUAUCUCAUUUGUAAUAAAAAUAAAAAGGAAAAUUUGAAAAUUGGAUGAUAUUAGAUGACGUAGCAAAUAAUAUAGUUUAUAAAUAAUUGGAAUAUUAUGAUAAUUUUAUCGCAGCAAUUAUACUGUCAUUGAUAUCUUCUCUAAUAUUUUCUGUUGUAUGUAUAUAUUUUCUGAAAGAAAUAUUGAAAAAAUUAGAAACUAAUGUUUUAAAUUCUUGCUCAGAAUUUCAGCAUUACAGUGCUGCAACAACACGUUCUGCGCCAAAAAAUACUACUGAUAUUGUUAAGGAUAUAAAGGCUAAAUUAAAUAAUAAUCUAAUAAAAGAGAACCACCUUUGGUUAUGCCUAUUUUUACUUAUGUUUUUUAUUUGUUUUCUUAAAAUUAAUUUAAGUCAUCUCCUAGACUUUUUAUCGAUACAUUAUUUAGAUUGA